UUUUGCCAGUGCUCUAAUGGUGUAUCAUCCUCCGAAUGUAGUCAAGCUGCUGGUGAUAGCGUAAACACCAAUCUGUUGGGCUAUUUGACCGAAAGAGAUUCGGCCGGUUCGCUCACCGACACCCAGUCUACUAUACCUACUACACUAAACGAGGCACUCAAAAACUUCAUGCGUAUAAUCCAACGAGUUGCUGUUCCAAAUCUUGCCGAUCAGCGAAAACUGGAUAGUAUUUCAUGUUUAACACACUCUAGAGAUAAUAAGGGCGAGAAAGAAUCGUCCAAUAAAAUAUACAUUGAAGUUCUUCAAAGAAUGGAGUCAAUGGCCGAAUUAACCAUCCAAACUGCCCCGUCGAACAUAAAUCCGACACGAAAUGAAACGUACAACAGUGGCACAGAAGUGAUAGAUGUGAGCGAAUCCGAUACGCCCCAGAGUGGAUUGCCCAGCAAUCGGAAAGUUAACGAAAUUUACCAAAAUAUCAAGGUUUCGCAGAAUGCCGCCACUUAUCAUAAUCAAAUUGGUGCACAGUGGCCUGUGGGUGGAGACAAUUUCGAAUCCUCCACAAUGGUUUCACCGUCCGAUAGCGGGACAACCAAAGAGAUCAGUGAAUCUAGAAAGAACAAGGUGCGUCGAUCUCAGUCACUGGUGUCCUCAUUGAGUCAUUCACGCAAAAAUCAGUGGAUUGAUUUGGAAAGUCAGUGGGUAGAUGGUUUAUCGGUAUCCACCAUAAAUUCAAGUAAAAGUUUGGACAGAGCUAUUGCCCAAGAAGUCAACACCGAUUCCGUCACCGCCUCCGAAGAGGAAAUGGCAGAAUUGUUAAACGACGCAAUAUCGGACUUCUCUUCGGCCGCCUAUCGACAACUAGCUCAUGGAAUCGUAAAACCAUGUAACGGCGGUGAUAUUCAAAUGGUAACAAAUGAACACAACCGACAUAACACUUACACGGAACAGUUCCGCUUGCGACAACGCAUGGCAUUGAACUCAAAUAAAUCAACGAAGAAAAUGAAUACACAAAAGGUAACACACGUUGAUUUGGAUCCAGAUAAGUCUGAUCUAACAAGUUCGAUGGGAACCGCGAACAUCCUAGCUCUGGCUGAGACAUCGGAUUUGCUUGGCGACUCGUCAUUUCGAAGUUUAGAGAAAGAUCUACAAAAUUUCUGUCUUGAAUCACCAACAAGAAAAACAGAGUUGUCGGACGAUAUAAUUCCGUACGAGGAGCACCGGAACGGGAAAGAUACUGAAAAUCAACCUGAUGUAACCGUGGGGUGUAACACGACAUUAAUUCCCACACAGCGUCCACAAUACCGGUGGUCUGGUGUGCCAAAUGAUUCAUUCUGGGUUUCAGUCGGACCACCGGUAUCGAAUAUGACAGUUCCCUGUGAUGCAAUCCAUUUGGAUUUCCGGACUCGACAACUACCAUUUAAUUCAACCACCUGGUUUAUGCAAACUGCUCAGAACGUGCCCGCUUGGAUACCUCCGGUUUGGAUGAAUACCAUGGAUCCCGGUGUUAUUCCUCAAAGUGGUGGACCAGUUAUUCCCUACAACUAUCCACCACUUUCCGUAAUGCCCCCACCAAAUUAUCUAUCAUUUUUUGCUCCACCACGUGAGGACUCGAACCGUGGACGUUCGGGUUGGGACUUCAAACCCUUACCCCUGAGCUACAUCAACUUGUGCGAAUGGCUCAAUCACUUUUAG